UUGUAAUUAUUAAUUUCGCUUUUUCGCGGUGCUGUUAGGGUCUUAGAACCUAAACUUUUAUACUUUUUUUAAUAUUGCAAAUGGGUAAUGAAAUGUCAUCAUCUGCAAUGGAAAAACAUCUAUUUAAUCUAAAGUUUGCGGUGAAGGAGCUAGAACGAAACUCAAAGAAAUGCGAAAAGGAAGAGAAAUUGGAAAAAGAAAAGGCCAAAAAGGCAAUACAGAAAGGAAACAUGGAAGGGGCACGGAUACAUGCAGAGAAUGCGAUCCGGCAAAAGAACCAGGCUUUGAAUUACUUGCGGAUGUCAGCUAGAGUCGAUGCGGUGUCUAGUAGAGUGCAGACUGCUCUAACUACCAGAAAAGUAACUAAUUCAAUGGCUGGUGUUGUAAAAGCAAUGGAUGCAGCAAUGAAGUCAAUGAAUCUCGAAAAGAUAUCCACUCUAAUGGACAAGUUUGAAAGUCAGUUUGAAGAUUUGGAUGUGCAGUCGUCGUAUAUGGAGAAUGCAAUGUCGCAGACCACCACCACCACAGUGCCUCAAGGAGAUGUGGAUAACUUAUUGCAGCAAGUUGCAGAUGAGGCUGGGUUGGAACUAAACAUGGAGCUACCGUCCGGUGUACCCAGCACUUCGAUCGGAACUGCAACAGUGGUCUCUCAAGAACAAGACGAAUUAACCCAGCGAUUGGCGAGAUUAAGACAAGCGGAGUAACAAUAAGUUAACAUAUAUAUAUAUAUUGUACAGGAUUGUAUUGAUGUAAUAGAUCUAUAAGUUGUUUGUUUACAUGAGAUACUGUUGCUUUUAAAUGUAAUUUUUCUAAUUUAUCUAUUGAGCAUUAUAGACUUGAUAAUCACUGCGACGUCUUUACUCUCGCCUGCGCCUACUAUUUGGCUUAUUUUGGCACAUUAUUUAUUUUACCUACGUUCCAAUUUACAAUACUAUGUGAUAGGAUAAUUAUGAUCAUCAUUAGUAUAAAUAGUAAUACAGAUUUCUUUUUAUUGAUUAUUAUUGUUUACAAUCAGUCGCCAGACUAUAAUUAAAUUGUUUGAGUGAUUUUUGGUUUUUGAGAGGGAGGAAGCCACUGCUUCAGCCUCUAUUAGUCACAGUGAAACAGAUGAAUACAAUAUUAUUGUCAAAGUAUGAUGUUUUUUAAAGCAUACACUUUAAUAAUGUUUGAAAAAAAAAAAAAAUUACCACAUCUUCGAAGGAAAUUCGUCGACUCUGUAGAUUUCGCAAUAAAAUCGUUUCGGUCGGGUAUAAAACGUUACGACGAUUGUGUGUUCGUAGUAUUGCAAGAAACUAAUGUUCUUUAACACCAUUUUGUCUUGUGAUUAUUUUUGGUACAAAAGUAAGACACACAAAUGAUAUCUCAUGUAAACUUUUAAUUGAUAGAAAUAUGAAUUAUUUUACGUGUCCAAUGUCUGGGGGUCACCAUACUAUUUGCAAGUAGUUUAAAACGGGGUAAAUGCUUAGACAUUUUGGUCCUUGUAUUUUUAAGUCACAUAUGUAUUGUCGUGUAAAGUAAGUUCUUUAAUGUUUGUUGUUAAUAUAAAAUAAAAAAAUAUGUUGUGGAGAGUAAGACACCUGUUUACGUAUAAAUAUAAUUGGAACAUGGUUCCAUUAAAUGAAACUAAAUAAUGCUAAAUCUACACGCAUAUUUAUAAUGAUUAGAGUAUGCAAAUACAAACAGUUUAAUUUUAAAUACAAUUCUUUAUUAAAAGCAUAAAAUAUUUCAAUUAGCAAUUUACAUUUUGAAAAACAAGCUACAUAUUGCGGUCCAAUUAUUUUGAACUGAAUAUAAGUAACUUUUAGACAGUCAUGCGUUGAACUUCUUCAGGGUGUAUGCAUUUUUAUAGGCACCAAUUUCAAUUUUCUCGGGUAAUUUAAAAUUUCACAGUGAAUUUUUUACACUUGGAGAGAAACAAUUUUAUGGGUAUUAAUAAAAGUUCCGAAAAGUAAAUAAAAAAUUAGCUUAUACAAAAUAUAAAUAUUACUGCGUUAUUUACUAAGCUACUGAAAACUUUUGCGUAAACAAAAAUACAGAAAUAACCGAAUGAAAUGCUGACGUGACUACCAACUUUAUUUAUAUUUUAUCGAGACUAAUUUUAUUGUAAAUCACUUUUAAAAACAACCUACACCUACACUAACCUACACAUCCAGUUCUUAGGUUUCGUGAUUGUUACACAUAGGAAAUCGAUGCGUUACUUUCUCAAACUCGUAUCUUAUAAAGAGUGAUUAUUUAGGAGAUGGCAAAACUUUCUAUUUAUUUUAAAUUUCUUAUCAAGGGUGUGAAUUUGGAUGCAUUACUUUAAAAAUGAAUAAAAGCCAAUGUGUGAAUAUGCAGGAACUCUGAUGUGAAAACAGCCUGCAACAUUUGUAUAUACAAUCCAUUUUUUGCAUUUCAGGAACUUUGUGCUUUAAAAUACGAGUUUGAGACAGUAAGGCGACUAAAUUAAACUAUUUUUCCGAAUUUAA